AUGUUGGACAUAAAUCUAUUUUGGGAGGAAAAGGGUACCAACCCAGAAAUUAUAUGUGAAUCUCAACGCCGCAGGUUUAAAAAUGUAAAAAUUGGUGAUGAAAUUAUUCAUCUUGACAAGGAGUGGCGACAACGUCAAACUGAGCUCACACAGUUGCAUCAAGACUUGCACAGGACUGCCGGGAAAGGGGAAACCAAGGACCUAAUGGCAAAGAAAGUUGUAGAGGUUCAGGAAGCCCGUUCAGCAUUAUGUUCAAAAUUGAGCAAGGCUGGAAAUCUUGUGCAUGAUUCAGUUCCUGUUAGCAAUGAUGAGGCAAAUAAUGUUGUUGUCCGAACUUGGGGAGAGAAAAGAACGGAGCCAAAACUAAAAAAUCAUGUCGAGCUUGUGGAGCUUCUUGGAAUUGCUGAUCUAGAAAAAGGUGUUAAGGUUGCUGGUGGUAGAGGGUAUUGUUUGAAAGGUGCUGGUUUGCAUCUAAAUCAUGCUCUUAUAAAGUUUGGUUGUAUUUUUCUUGAGAAAAGGGGUUUUAAGUCGAUUAAAACUCCAUUCUUUAUGGUGCAUGAUAUAAUGGAAAAGUGUGCUCAAUUAACCCAAUUUAACGAAGAACUUUACAAGGUAACAGGUGAGGGAGAUGAUAAGUAUCUGAUUGCUACUGCUGAACAACCACUUUGUGCUUAUAACAUAGAUAAAUGGAUUCAUCCACAACAGCUACCACUAAGAUAUGCUGGAUAUUCAUCUUGCUUCCGGAACGAAGCUGGCUCACAUGGUCAUGACACUCGUGGACUCUUCCGUGUUCAUGAGUUUCAGAAAGUUGAACAGUUCUGCAUCACCAGCCCAAAUGGAAAUGAAUCGUGGGACAUGCUUGAGGAGAUGAUAAAAAACUCUGAGGAGUUUUAUCAAAUGUUGAAAUUACCUUAUCGUGUAGUCUCUAUCGUCUCUGGUGCACUAAAUGAUGCUGCAGCAAAGAAGUAUGACUUGGAAGCAUGGUUCCCUGCAUCCAGCACUUACCGAGAACUUGUCUCUUGUUCAAAUUGCACUGAUUACCAGUCAAGAAAGUUGGAGAUCAGAUUUGGGGAGAAAAAGAGCAAUGAACAAACAAAGCAAUAUUGCCAUUUAUUGAAUUCUACACUCACAGCAACAGAGACGACUAUCUGUUGCAUUCUUGAGAAUUACCAGAGGGAAGAUGGUGUUGAAGUCCCUGAAGUGUUGCAGCCGUUUAUGGGUGGGAAGAAAUUCAUCCCUUUCCAAGCUCUUCCUGUUAAAGCAACAAAAGGAAAGAAAUCAAAGUAG